AUGGCUGCUGAUGCACAAGCAGUGAUUGAGGCUCCUGCCCUUCAAUCAAAAUAUUCUGAUGCUGGUUCUGAAGAAUCUGACUUUUAUUCCAACCAAAAUGUGAAUAAUUCUGAAUCUGUUGUUACACCUAAUUGUGUGAAGGACUCAUUAAAUGCUAAAUCGGAUUCUUAUCAAAUGCAACAUAUUGUUGACAUGUUGAAGAAACUCAAGUUGAAUCCACUCGCAAAAGAGUUUGUUCCUUCUUAUUGUUAUAAUAAUCGUGAUCAGAUGCUUUUUCUGCCUGCUAAUAAGACUCUGGCUGCUGAUGAUGCUUUCCCAAUUAACCGAAGGCAGAGAGGUAACAACUAUAACCAGGGCAGAAGGAGAAUGAACAAUAGAGCUUUUAGGGCUCAAAGAGAAGAUAGCAUUAGGAGAACAGUCUAUGUUUCUGACAUCGAUCACAAUGUCACGGAAGAGCGGCUUGCUGCAUUAUUUAGCGCUUAUGGACAAGUUGUUGACUGCAGAGUUUGUGGUGAUCCACAUUCCCGCCUUCGCUUUGCCUUUGUGGAAUUCGCCGAUGAAU